GGGGGUGUUCUUGCCAACUGUUAUCAUUUUUUCUUUUCUUUUUUACCUUUUUAUAUUCUCCAAUGAUGCUUUAACUGAACUCUUCCACCUCUAUAUAAACGCAUCUUUCUUCUUUCUAAAUUCUACAAACACUCUCGCACUCUCUCACUAUCUCCGUAUCUCUCACUCUCUCUCUUAAUCUCUCUCUUCACUGUAGGCAUGGCUUUAGAAGGUCACGAUCUUAAUUCAGGGUUCUUGUGGAAAAACCGGUCAUGGGGUAGUCUUCCUGAUUUUGAUGACAUUGGUGAGAGCAGUGAUAAGUUAGGUAUGAAGCCACAGAAGAAGCAGGGAGAAGGAAAUGGAGAAGAAGCUCUUGUGAAUAAGAAGCGAAAUCGAGGUGGUAGAAGGGAAAAGAAUGUUGUUGUUGAUGAUGGAGGGAAAGAUGAUGAUGAAGUUCAUAUGUGGACUGAGAGAGAAAGGAGAAAGAAAAUGAGGAACAUGUUCGAUACCCUUCAUGCUUUGCUUCCUCGGCUUCCCUCUAAGCCUGAUAAAUCAACUAUCAUCGACAAAGCAGUGAGCUACAUAAAAACCCUGCAGCAGACCCUCGAAAAGCUUGAGAAACAAAAGAAAGAAAGGCUCCAACCAACUGUGAUAAACUCGCAGUGGCAACAAUCCUAUGAUUUGAGGGAGGGAUUUAUUCUUGAUAUGGGGUCUUCGAACAACUUGUCCUCUGCAAUGGUUGGAACGGGAAGUUCUUCAAAUCCUUCAAUUUCAUCUAAUUUAGCUUAUGUGCAACCUAUGGGUUUUCAAACAUGGUCUUAUCAAAAUAUAGUGUUGAACGUUAUUGGAUUUGAAGCACAAUUUUCCAUUUCUACUGCCAAGAAGAAAAGUACCUUAACCACCAUUGCUUUUGUGUUGGAAAAGUACAAGAUUGAGGUCAUUUCUGCUAACAUUGUGUGCAAUGGUAAUACAAAUGUGUACCUCAUUAUUGCCCAAGCAAAACAAGAUUCAUAUCUAUUUCAAGAUGCAAAUUCGGUUGCUGAAAUUUACAAGCAAGCGGCUGGAGAAAUUCAGCUAUUCAUCGCUUAAAUUUUGAUCAAAAAUUAAGAAUUAUCUAUUUAUCUUGUUUACUGUAUAAUUUUAUUUUUCCUAGAAAUAUUUCAAGCAUUUAUUCCCAAACAUUAAAUUCUCAUGUUGUGAGGGUUCGUUCUCGCACUGAUAGGAGGAAGGUGACCUCCCCCUUAGCGUUUCAUCAGGCGCAGGGAUGAUGCACCAAGGCCCGGUCAGCCUGGCCAAGCUCCUCGUCCUGCUGGAGUUGGAGCUCCUCCUCGUGCUUAAAACCAAAUUUCAAGAUUUUUGGCCUUCUUGGAUCAAGUGUGAUCAUAUGAAGCUUACUUGUCUUUGUUAUAUUUAAGCUUUUUGGCCCUGCUGGAUCAAUUUUAAGAUAUUUUAUUUUGUUCUAGUUGUUUGUUUUAGUCCUUAAUCAAUAGAUUCCCCUUUCAAGGCUCCUUGUAGAGGUUUUCUCUUCAUAACUCAGAGUUUGCAUAGUAGAAGGUUGAAAGUGGAGUUGUUCUUCUUUGUGUAGUCUGUCACCCCACACCUCAGGCUUGUCUUCAUAUGAGUCAUUCCUGGAUUAUUUAUAAAUGAUAUCUAAUUCAGGGAACGAAAGCGCCACAAGUGGCCUAAUUAGGUAUGAUGAAGCUCUACCUCCUAGUUAAUUGGGUCUAGUAUCCACCUCUCGUGCUCCAAUAAAGCUUACACAAAGAUAGGAAUUUCAUAUUAGAAAACACCAUAAAGUUAACAAAUAGACAACAACAAAGGGGGAUAAAACUUCCAUGUCACAAACAAGUCGCUUACCUUUAAUAGAGACCUUAACUAGUGGAUUACGCAGAGAAGAACCAUUGUGCUUAUCAAACAAAACCCACAAUAAGGCUUUCGCUCCAACCUCUCGACUCAUGGAGGUCUUAGGCCCUCAUCUUCAAGCCCAAAACAAGAAGAUGACUUUUCUCACACUAGACACCUCGUGGAUAAAAUGAAGAACAAGUUAGAGAUUUAUCUUUGAAUCGAGUUGGAGAUGAUAUCUUUGUUGAGAUGGAAUAAAUUUGAGAAGAAU